GCAGAUGGGAGUGUGUGUGGUGGACUCGGCAGUGGCCGGCCUGGGUGGUUGCCCGUACGCUCAGGGUUCAUCUGGCAAUGUGUCAACAGAGGAUGUUCUCUACAUGCUCCAUGGCAUGGGCAUCCACACUGGGGUAAACCUGGCCAAAGUCCUGGAGGCAGGCGACUUCAUCUGUACUGCUUUGCAGCGCAAGACAAACUCCAAAGUUGCUCAGGCAAGAAGCGGGAUGCCGUGAUCUUGAUGAUUGUUUUGUUUUUUUCCCCCCAAAAAAAUCAACUCAACUUGAUGAUGAGAGCUUUGCCAGUUUUGGCUGUCAGCGGGAUGUCGUGAUAAGGCAAUUGUACGCACCCCCCCCCCCCGCAAAAAAAUCAACUCAACUUGAUGAUGAGAGCUUUGCCAGUUUUGACUGUCUUUGCAUUCUCUGUGUAAGGCAAUUGUACUGCAAUGGGGUAGGAAUGUGUCUGACAUUUAACGUAUGUCUAAUUCAAAUAAGCUGACCCCAUUAAUACCAACUCAUCAUCAAGAUCAGAAUUGGAAUUCUGCUUUGCAUGCUAAAAUGAGCUGCAGAAGAAGGCGUACAUAUAGUGAGUAGCCUUUUUUAGAGGCUUGCAGUCAUCUGCUCAUUUGACAUCUCAGUUACAUUCAUAUCAUUAAUGAUCCCAGCAGAUGGAUAUACAGGUAGUGCCUCGUUAUUUUUCACAGUUAUGGCCUCGUAAAAUAAGAAUGU